CGGAAUUCCACCCCUCCCCACUUUGUUUUGACGUCGUCGGCGUGCUUGCGCAAGCGCAGUGCGAGCUGCUCUUAUACCGAGCGAGUGGUGGUUCCGUAGUGCCAGUUCCUGCCGCCGCCUCCUCCUCCUCCUCGCCUCCCUUUAGCGCUCGACCCAGAAGCCCGGACUCUCCAUGGCGAUGAACUUCAACGCGAAGGAGGAGGUGGACGGGCAGGUUCCCGGGAGCAGCGGCGUGGGGGGACCCGGGGUCGGGGUCAGCGUGGCCGGUGGGGCCGGAGUCAAGAGCCGAAAGCCCGACAACACCGCCUUCAAGCAGCAGCGCUUGCCGGCCUGGCAGCCCAUCCUCACGGCCGGCACCGUCCUGCCCGCCUUCUUCGUCAUCGGCCUCAUCUUCAUCCCCAUCGGCAUCGGCAUCUUCGUCACCUCCAACAACAUCCGCGAGUACGAGAUUGAUUAUACAGGAACAGAGCCAGGUAGUCCCUGCAACAAGUGUUUAAAUGUGUCCUGGAACAAUACACCUUCUUGCACGUGCACCAUACACUUUACACUGGAUCAGCCAUUUGAGAGCAACGUGUUUAUGUACUAUGGACUGUCCAACUUUUAUCAAAACCAUCGUCGCUAUGUGAAGUCUCGGGAUGACAGCCAGCUAAAUGGAGAUAACAAUUCUUUACAUCACCCCAGUAAGGAAUGUGAGCCUUACCGCACCAGCGGGGACAAGCCUAUUGCUCCUUGUGGCGCUAUUGCCAACAGCAUGUUUAAUGAUACGUUGACACUGUUUCGUAUUGACCGUAAUGAAACCAAAUAUAUACGUAUUCCUUUGACUAAACAAGGCAUUGCUUGGUGGACAGACAAAAAUGUUAAAUUCAGGAAUCCUACUGGACCUACAAAGGAUUUGGCAAUACUUUUCCAAGGCACAGCAAAACCUGUCAAUUGGCCCAAACCAGUGUAUGAGCUAGACAAGGAUGCAGACAACAAUGGAUUCAUCAAUGAAGACUUCAUUGUGUGGAUGCGUACUGCAGCGCUGCCUACAUUUCGGAAGCUAUAUCGCCUUAUAGAGAGACCAGAUAACUUACGGCCUACUCUACCAGCUGGGAAUUAUUCCUUGGAAAUAGAAUAUAAUUAUCCUGUGCAUAGCUUUGACGGGCGGAAACGGAUGAUCUUGAGCACCAUUUCGUGGAUGGGGGGCAAGAAUCCGUUUCUGGGAAUCGCCUACAUCACCGUCGGCUCCAUUUGCUUUUUCCUCGGAGUUGUGCUGCUAAUCAUUCAUCACAAGUACGGGAACCGGAACAACAGUGCAGACAUUCCCAAUUAAUCCCGCCUCUCCAAACCACAUGUACUGCAUGUGCAUCAAGGCCAGUCCAGAGCGGACACAGCUUUGGAAAGCUCUAUCCCUGGUAUAUAUAUAUAAAAAGUUGCUUCUCUCACAGAAUGCAUAAGUAUAUAUGAAGCCUUUUGUUUUCCCUUACGGUGGAUUAACUUGAAGAUAAUGGCUAUAAAAAAGUUACCUAUGUAAAACAGUGCUGCCUAGAGGACUUUUUGAGGCUUGGCCUCUGGCUGGACCGGUGCCAUGAUGCGCAUUUAGUCUUUCCUCACCUAAUGCAUCUGCUGCUUGUGUGCUUUGUAACAUGUCCAUACCGUGUAUAGACUGCCUGGCGAGAACGUGUUUAGGAUAGAGUAGCUUCACGUUUCAAGGAUGUCAGGUGUGCUGGUGCUUUUGGAAGGAGGUCUGCCUGGUUUGUUGUUUGGUUUUUUUGGUCACGCAUGGUGCGCAUGGGCUUUUGUGUUCGCGGCUGAAAUGUUUGCUGUAUUAAACCUGUGCAAUUUGUUCUCUGAGCCCAGCUUCACGUUCAAGCUUCGCCGUAUGUUCCAACAGGUGUGCUUGCCAUGUGAACGUGUGCAGCAGCAAAAGGCUUCCUCAUUACAUUAAAGCCGCUUUUCCCCCACACGGAAACAACUGCUGCCUAUGCAAGUCUUGCUUUAAAUUCUUCCGCGUGCAGCUCUGUUCUGUGCCCAGCACCUUGUGUGGUCCAAAACUCUUAGCGUGGCUCCUACAGAAAUGAAGAGCUUCUGUCUCAAAGGCAGGAACAGCUGUCUGUAUCGGUACAGAAAUGUCCAUCUCUGGUUAAAAGCAAGGGUUCGACCCCGUUUGACAUUCCUAAUUGGGGAAGAAGCAUUAAAUUUAAUUCAGAAGGUGCUUGAGCUCCUGAAUUCAAGUACUUGAGGGUCAGCGAAAGAAACUUGAAGUGUCAUGCAAGUCUGUUACAGCUUGCUUGCGGUGGGGUGUGGGGGACGUCCCCUUCUUGCAAAUUUUCACUGAAGUCUUUCCGGAUUGUAAGAACCCAGCCCGUUGAUCUUAAAUUAUUAAAUUGCUAUGUAUAUGGAAGUUGUUUUACGUGAAACUGAUUUGUCAAUCUGAAUAUUUGCUAUUGAAUAAAUGCUGUCAUUUGUUUUAUGAAACAA